AUGAGCGAGCAGACGAUGAAGGGAAUGGCGAACAGCUUCCCGCGGCUGGUGCAGCAGUUGGUGGGAAAGGAGGGCAAGCUGCUGAAGAUCGAAAACCCCGAGCAGUACCAUUUCGAUCCCAAGCAGUUGCUGGAGCUGCUGAUGCGGACGAUUCUGGUGUUUUCGAAGGAACGGAAGUUCGUGAUGUGUAUGAACGAAGAGAAAACGCUGAACCUGGAGAUGUUCGAGAAGGCGGAACGGAUUUGCCGAGCCAAAAACCUGCUCGAUUCGGAGGAGCAGGCCAAGCUGGCGCAGUUCGUGGCGAGUAUCCGAAGCGAGCAGGAGCAGUUCGAUCGGUGGAAUCAGCUGCUGGAUAACGCGCCCGAUGAAUUCUUCGAUGAAAUGACCGGAGAGCUGAUGGAUGAUCCGGUGAUGCUGCCGAACUCCAAGCAAAUCCUGAAUCGAGAUACGAUUGAGAAGCUGCUGCUGCGAACACAGAUAGAUCCGUAUGAUAGAACGCCGCUAACGAAGGAGGAGUUGAUUCCCAGUAGGGAUUGGAAGUGGGAGUGA